AUGGCCAUCCCAAGCAGGUUACACAGGUUGGUGGGAAAGCCUGAGACGCAGACCCCUGAGGAUGAACCGACUGUGAUUCAGCUCAGGGCUGGUGACAAAGAAGCUGGGCCCGUCAACGAUAUCAGCCCAGAUGACAAGCCAACCGAAGAUGCUCAGACCGGAGUGAAGAAGAUCGAGGCGGUCACCCUAACAUGGGGGAGGGGAUCCAUGUUCAUGGUCUUGAUUUUCAUUUGGUUCCUUACUCUGGUGAACAACAUGAAGUCCUCGAUGGUAUACAGCUUAACGGCCUACGCAACAAGCUCCUUCGCAGGACACUCGCUUUUGACCGUCGUCAAUAUCGUAUCCUCUGCGAUGGCAGGCGCGGUUUACAUUCCUAUGGCAAAGGCACUGGAUCUCUGGGGUCGUGCAGAAGGCUUUCUUCUCAUGGUUGGCAUGUCUAUUCUGGGAAUCGUCCUUUUGGCGUCAUCUAAUAAUCUCCCAACCUACUGCGCUGGAGAGGUGUUCUACUCUGUGGGAUUCGGAGGCCUGGCCUACAGCUGGGAUGUUCUUGCAGCAGACGUGACCAACCUGAGAAAUCGAGGUCUUGCAUUUGCUUUCACUUCCUCUCCAGCAUUGAUAUCGGCCUUCGCUGGAUCCAAAGCCGCUGCCGAGUUCCUGCUACAUGUCAAUUGGCGAUGGGGCUAUGGAAUGUGGGCAAUUGUUUUGCCAGCAUUUGCGUUGCCUCUGUACGGUCUUUUGGCCUACAAUCUGCGCCGAGCAGAGCGGCAAGGCACAAUUACUAAAGAGAGAACAAAACCCGUCUUCAACCUGGAAACUAUUUGGUGGGUAAUUGUGGAAUUCGAUUUGAUGGGUGUCUUCCUCUUUGCUGGCGGAAUGGUCGUAUUCCUUCUACCGUUUACAUUAGCCAGUACUGCGCCCAGUGGUUGGCAGACAGGCUACAUUAUCGCCAUGCUUGUCGUUGGCCUGUUCCUUCUCAUCUCGUUUGGGGUCUAUGAGACUUUUGUCGCCUCAGUGCCGUUCUUGAACUACAAGUUCCUCACCGACCGAACUAUCUUGGGCGCAUGUCUCUUGAAUAUGACAUACCAGGUCUCUUACUACUGCUAUGCGAGCUAUCUGUCCUCUUUUUUGCAGGUCGUGUACAACUUGGACGUUGCCACAGCUGGAUACGUUGGAAACACCUUUAGCGUGGUCUCGUUUGUCUUCCUGUUCAUCACCGGCUGGCUGAUUCGAGUGACUGGUCGCUUCAAGUGGAUUCUCUGGGUCUGUGUACCGCUCUAUAUCUUCGGACUGGGCCUUAUGAUCCACUUCCGCACACCGGGAGGAUACAUCGGCUACAUUGUUAUGUGUGAGAUCUUCUUCUCCGUCCCCGGUGGUAUCUUCAUUCUUUGUGUGCAGCUUGCUGUUCUCGCCUCUGUUGAUCACCAGCAUCUUGCUGCGGCCCUUGCGCUUCUUUUCGUGAUGGGCAGUAUUGGUGGUUCUAUUGGCAGUGCUAUCUGCGGAGCUAUCUGGACAAACACCUUCAGGCCGAAGCUCCAGGAGCUUCUUCCCGAUGAGGCUCUGCCCAGUCUAACACUGAUCUACCAAAGCCUUCCGGUCCAACUCACCUACCCCGUUGGCAGCCCAACUCGCGAUGCAAUCGUUGCAGCCUACGGUUACGCUCAACCAAUCAUGCUUGCAUCCGGCACUGGAUUCAUGGUCUUGGGCUUUAUCUGGGUUGGCAUGAUGAGAAACUUGAACGUGAAGACUAUGACACAGACCAAGGGCAACGUCUUCUGA